AUGACCAUGACAAAUGUAACCACAAUGAAUGGAUUCCUCCUCAUGGGGUUUUCCGACAAUCCUAAGUUCCAAUUCUUACAUGCUUUGCUUUUCUUGAUGAUGUACAUGUUAGCCUUGAUAGGUAACCUUAUCAUUAUCACCAUCACAACACUAGAUCAACAUCUACAAUCCCCAAUGUAUUACUUCUUGAAACAUCUUUCCUUUCUGGACCUCUCCUUCAUUUCUGUCACUGUCCCCCAGUCCAUUGAGAAUACAAUGAUGAAUAAUGGCUAUAUUUCCUAUGGUCAGUGCAUACUGCAAGUUUUCUUCUUCACAUCUUUGGCCUGGGCUGAGGUGGCCAUUCUCACAGUCAUGUCUUAUGAUCGCUAUGCAGCCAUUUGCCUCCCACUGCGCUAUGAGAUCAUUAUGGAUCCCAAAACCUGUAAAUGCGCUGUGGCAGCUGUCUGGGUAAGUGGAAGCAUCUCUGGAAUCUUGUACACAACAGCUACAUUCUCUAUCACAUUUUGCAGAGCCAAAAUAAUCCACCAGUUCUUCUGUGAUGUUCCCCAGCUGCUGAAGCUCUCCUGCUCUAAUGAUUACCUUGGAGUGAUUGGAGUGGCUGCAUUCAUGUCUGUGAUAGCAUUCAUCUGUUUCAUUUCCAUUGUCCUCUCCUAUAUCCACAUCAUUUCCACAGUUGUGAGAAUACCGUCUGUUGAGGGCCGGUCUAAGGCAUUCUCUACCUGCCUGCCUCAUCUCUUUGUUGUGUCUUUUUUUCUCUCCACAGGAACUUUUGAGUUUCUAAAACCAACUUCAGACUCACCAAAUGCUUUUGACUUCAUUAUUUCUAUAUUUUAUACAGUACUGCCCCCAACACUCAACCCCAUUAUCUACAGCUUGAGGAAUGAGACCAUGAAGAGAGCUUUACAAAAGUUACUGCUUUCAAGUAAAUUCCACUAA